AGAAGGCAGUGGUAGGAGGAAGCCUGAGAGAGAGAGAGAGAGAGAGAGAGAGAGAGAGAGAGAGAGAGAGAGAGAGAGAGAGACAGAUAACUCACUAGACUCCGUUCGGGUGGGUUUCUGAAUCGAAUUUUCUUGAAAGGAAAGCGCACGCAUCCCCACUUAUACGCGCUCUCAACUGCUGCGCGGCUCUAUAGCAACGUGGGUCAUCGCGUUCUUAUUGUCCAGGCUAUUUCACAGGGCGGCUGUUCAGUGAGUUAAUUGUUUUACGCGUUUUUGAAAGAAAAGAAAAAAAGAAUAAAAGCAAGGAGACAAAAUGAGUUGUCCAGUUAGCUGUUGCUUUGCCACGCUCAUCUUGCUUCUGCUGUGGCGGGUGGAACAGAUCGCCGAAGCUUGUAGUUGCGCCCCAAUCCAUCCACAACAGGCUUUUUGCAAUGCAGAUGUAGUUAUCAGGGCGAAGGUGGUUGGAGGAAAAGAAGUGGAUUCUGGGAACGACAUCUAUGGCAAUCCUAUCAAGAGGAUCCAGUAUGAGAUUAAGCAGCUCAAGAUGUUUAAAGGCCCUGAUAAACUCAUCAUGGCGGUGUUCACAGCCCCUUCGUCCGCAGUGUGUGGAGUGACUCUGGAGACCAACGGCAAGAAGGAGUACCUGAUAUCAGGCAAGGCUGAGGGUGAUGAGAAGAUGCAUGUGACCCUCUGUGACUUCAUCAUCCCCUGGGACUCCCUGAGCGCCACCCAGAAGAAGAGCUUGAAUCAGCGCUACCAGAUGGGCUGCGAGUGCAGGAUCUCCCGCUGUCCGUCCAUCCCCUGCACGAUCACAGCCCCGGAUGAGUGCUUGUGGACAGACUGGGUGACGGAGAAGAGCAUCAACGGGCGCCAGGCCAAGCACUACGCCUGCAUCAAGAGGAACGAUGGCUCCUGCGCAUGGUACCGCGGUGUGGCCCCGCCCAAGAAGGAGUUCCUGGAUAUCGAGGACCCCUAGACCGACUCCUCCCCCUGCCAGCUAGCCAUUAGAAAUGCCUGCACAAAAAUAAAUGAAACUAAAAUAAUGAUAAUAUUAAAUAAUGAUAAUAAUGAAAUGUAUAUAAACUGGUCUGGUGUUGACAUUGUUACCCUGUGAAAGGUUGCUGCAGGAAGCUACAGCAACCUGUGAGGGACAAUCCUGUGAGGAGAGCACUUUUAGCCCCAAAAGCGCUUGGAUUUUAAAUUUAUAAUAAUGACUAUGACAAAUGUACAUUUUUUUUGUUUUGUUUUUGUAAAACUACCAAAAAAUGAAUUUGGGUUUUAGCCAGUCAGAAGUGAGCUUUGAAAACUCUGUAGAGGUCAAAUCUCACUGAAUAUCCUGUAGCUCUUGCCCGUGCAGUUUAAACCAAUCAGAUUAAUGGAGAGGCGGGACUUCCCAGAAUAUUCCUGCACAGGUUUCUAGAAAAGAAAGGAAUCGCGUGGUUUUGAGACAGAAUGACAUGACACCAUAUUUUGUUUAUUAUUCUAUUUUGUUUUCCUUUUUAUCCAUGAUUAAGCCCCCAUCAUACACUGGGGAUUUAUCUUUAUACCAGAGCAAUAACACGUUUCCGCAUGAAUUUUCUUGCGGUACAGAUGUAUAGAGCACCAUAUUCAACUAGAAAUUUUGUUAAUGUGGUAUAAACGUGUUAGCGACUUUCCACCAAAACCAAAAGCUGAAAAUGGAUUUGUAUAAUAAAAUAAAAACGUAUCAAUUGCCAACAAGCAUCUGGAUUGACAGACCCCGAUUUUAGCACGCGUGUUGGACUGUCUCCCACAAGGUAACAUUAUGUAGUCGAAGGUUAGUGCUGUGAGACCAGGUGUCUGUCAAUUCAGUGUGAGAUUUGACCUAUAUUUUUUGUUUUAAUUCCAAGCGGUUUCUAAUGUCCCACAUGACCAGUCUAUGCGAUUUCGAUAUAGCAAUCGAACCUGCUUGCUGUUAAACAUCAUAUACUCUUCCCUCUUUACCUCACUGCCUCCUCCCUGUGUGCUGUAUCCUUGUCUGCUGUACAGUUCAUAUGCAUAUAGACUUUUUUUUUUUUUUUUUUUUAAUCUUGGUUAGAUCUAGAUUUGCACUUUUCGCAGAGCUGCUGCAAAAGGACCCUUUGGUCAACAAACAGGGAGGGUUGAAUCCUCUCUUUUUGUUUUGUAAUAGUGUUUGUAUCCUUUUACAUUUAAAAAUUGAGCUAUUUUUCAAUUGCUUUUCUGUUAAGAAAUUGUGUGGUAGCGCUUUAUUUGAAUUGGAAACUGUGUAGCGCUCAUAACUGUGUGCACAAUCCUUCAGAAUGAAUGAUGCAAAAGUAUUAGAAUUGAAAGUUCAGCAUCUCUGAUGCAUUUCUGUGAUUCGUUGCCAUCAACAUUUAUUUGUAAAUCUUGAUCUCCAGUGUGGUGUUUUUCUGAUCUGUGUUCUGGAUCCUUGCCUACCUGGUGUGCUCAUUCUCAAAGUGAUUAUGAAGGAUUGUGAUGUAGUUUUCCAGUGUUAUGUAGCCUUUAUGAAAAGGUUCUGAUUGCUAGUGUCCAAUUGGACAAAAGCGUUACCAACUGUGUUUAUUUUGUACUUUUAAAUGCUAUGUUACGUACUAUAUAGCUUUAUUUUCUUCCAGUAGUGCAUUCUGAAUUAGGUCAGAGCUCUAGGUCACCAUCGCAGUCUUUUCUUUUUUUUUUUUUUUUGGUUCAAGCUCCGAGACAGGAUGUGAAACCAACCCGAAAUAACAAAGGACAUGGAACGUCUCUGCAAAGCAAGACUAGGCAGGACAAACUUGUAUUCCAAGUAACGGUCAGCCCUUCCCGGCCACAGUUGCUGUCACUGUAUGAAAUGUUGUUGUUAAUUUCAAGGUUUGUUUAGUUGAAUUCCAUUGUUGACAGUCUGUCGGAGUGAGGGGGUCUGUCAGAAUGGACAGCCGACUUGCUACAGCCACAGAAUUCCAGGGUUUAUUCUCUGAACCUAAUUUUAAACAGUUUGGUCGGGGUGAUAUUAAUGCCGUGCUUCCUUGUACAAUAAAAAACAAAACCAAAAGGUAAUAGACUCUGGAAUGGUUCUGUAAAUAUCGGGAGUUUCUCUGUCCAUUGAGGUGGUGACCCUGACUCUGCUUUGUUACAGAGUUCUUUUUUUUUUUUAAUUAAUAAUUAUAGCUAAUUAAAAACACUGUGAUUGGGGAA